UUUUUUUUUUUCUUCUUUUUUGUUUGUGGUCUAUAUUGUUCAUUUCUUAAAAAAAAAAGAUGCAGUCAGCUUCCUUACCAAAGCCAGCCGCUGCCAUUAGUAAACCACUAGGAAAAGUGAAUUGUGCUUCGUAUGAGAGUGCUUAUAAAUCUGUGGUGAGACGAUUAACUCGACAGUAUUUUGUGACAUUGUACUUGUUUUGUGGGUUCUUUGCAAUCUUAUUUCAAUUAGGCUUCUUUUUCAAUUAUCAUACAUUCUUAAACGUACUUUCAUUAAAGACGUUUUUCUUUUCAUUGCUACUCUUUCUUAUUGGUGGUAUUACCUUUGUCGUUCGCUUGUCCAAUACUACAAUUUGGCAACCUGUUUAUCCUAGUAGACUCGCUACCGUCAUUGUCAACUGUAUUUCGCUCGAUAACUUGUUUUUAUUUAUUAUCCAUGCUAUUGGCAACCUCGUCGUUAUCCGUACUUAUUUAUAUUGGAUGAUGAGCGAGAAGUAUACCGCUGGGUUUCUCUUGAACAUCCCUGGUCAUUAUACAGGAGCACGUCAAUUGAAUGAGGAGAAUAUCUUUAUUUGUGUAUACGCCAUCAUGUUGGGAUUCAACUAUACCGUCGAUUAUGUCAAGAAAAGAACGCAUGUUCUUCAAGCACUCAAUGUUAAACAACCAGCAUUUUAUGAUAUCAAGACAAGUCUUGGAACUGUGCUUUGUAAUUCAGCAAAGAGAGCUUUGUACUCUUUCGCAAUGACUUAUGUGACAUUUAUCUUUUUCCAUGUAUUUUUCUAUUAUUCUAUCGCUCGUUUCUUUGGACUUUUUACAAGGGUAUUGAGCGCACCUAUCAUCAAGUUUCAUUGGUUUGAUUUGCACCUUUUCCUUCGUUUGACAGUGGGAGGUAUUCUUUCAACCUGUGUAUUCAAUAUUUCCAACCGUGUAUAUGAGGCAUUAUUCUCUUUGACUUUACCUUGCACCAAUCCCUAUGCCAAUCAAUUCGAAUGCCUUAUUAAGGGACUCGAGGAAAAGAAAGACGAGCAGUUGAAGGUUUCUGCAUUUUCCGAAUUAGCCACACUUGCCAGUAAAUGUCCCAGCAAACGCGAAGAAUUAUUCAAGACAACGGGAAAUGAAUUACAAGAUAAUGCAUGGUAUAAAAUUAUGGUACAAUGUUUCCAAGUGAUUCAAGAGUUCCGAAGCAAGAUAGAUAUUGAAUAUAACGGAGUUCAACCAGUUGUAGCACCCAUUACUGUCACAAAGCCUGUUGAAAAGAACAUUCGUCAUCGAUUGGAAUUUUCCAAUGGUAAUGUAUUUAGUACGCCAAAGAAGAACCAAGUUUACUAUGAUGAUCGUACCGGUAGUUUAUUAUCGCCUCUAAGUGAAUUAGCCCAAGAGGGACCUUCUGGGGAAACCGUGAUUAGCAAACCGUUGCAAUGGAUUCGUCAAAGCGAUAUGGUGGAUAUGUUAAAGCGAUUGGAAGUUCGAUUUGGCCGUGCUGGUAUGUUUGAGCCUUUUUAUGCAGAAACUGUGACACGCCGAGUUCAAGGUGUGUUUAACAAGUAUCAAUUGCUUCUUUGGGCUGUACAAGCGUUGGGUUGUUUAACCGCUGGAUCGUUGAAGGAGGACCCUUAUGGAUACGUUCAAAAUGAUAUUGGAAAUGUCUUGAAUCAUUUGUUGGGAUGUUUAAUGGAAGUUGAAAGAUAUGUGCAGUCUCCACCCGCUCACUAUAGUCAAUUAUUGAAUGAAAAAGUACUUUCUGGAGAGACCGAGGCUGUGAUGAUGGCAUUACGUGAGGCUAUUUAUCAGAUUAAAGAAGCAUUUGGUAAUUAUACUGACGGAUUUCAAGUGGAUGGCAAAUAUUCAAAGAAAUGGCAAGGCUUCUUGAACUAUCAAGAAUAAUUUAUUGUUUUAAAAUAAAUAAAUAAAAAAAAAAGGGAGGGGCUGUUUAUGUGUACAUAG